AUGUCCCACUUUGACAAAAACCUCUCUUCCUCUUCCUCACAAGACGAUAUCUCCCUUUUUCUCCAUCAAAUUCUCCUCCGUUCUUCUUCUUCUUCAUCUUCCUCUUCUCAUCCCAUGCCUGGAUCCAUCCUCUCAAACCCACUUCAACAUGCAAAUAUCUCACCUCUUCAUCCCACUGCCAGACCAAACCCCUCUGGAGGAGGACUCAGUGGUAAUGACACUGAUGAAUAUGACUGUGAAAGUGAGGAGGGUAUUGAAGUAUUGACAGAAGAAGCUCCAACAAAGACCGUUGGUUCUAGGAGUUCUUCAAAGAGAAGUAGAGCAGCAGAAGUUCAUAAUUUGUCUGAAAAGAGAAGGAGGAGUAGGAUCAAUGAGAAAAUGAAGGCCUUACAGAAUCUAAUACCUAAUUCUAACAAGACUGAUAAGGCUUCAAUGCUAGAUGAAGCUAUUGAAUACCUUAAACAGCUUCAGCUUCAAGUACAGAUGUUGUCAUUGAAAAAUGGAUUAAGUUUGCAUCCUAUGUGCUAUCCCGAAGGCUUGCAGCCUUUGUCACUGUCUCGGUUGGGCAUGGAAUUGAGUGACGGAAACCGGUCUACCCCUUUAAACAUGACAUCUACUCUGCCUCAUCCCCAAGACAACAACUCUUUGCUCUAUGCAUCCAAUCUUCCUAACAAAAACACAUUAACAAGUCAGUCAUCAAUGCCCUCCUAUCCUACAUAUGUUAACAAUGCAGAAACAUCUUUUGCGGCGGAAUCCCGAAUCCCGUCACAUAAAAGACCUCUUCAACAAACUUCCGAGGCGGUACGCGGUGAAGACUUGUUGCAGAACCAGCAAUCAAAUGCAAUCUAUGCUGCUACCAAUCUAUUACUUGGUUCUCAAGGUUUCGAAGAAUUUGAGUCAGGCACGAUGGUUGCACCUUCAACUAACAACUCUUUGCAAACAUGUAUCGCGGGAAGAGAUCAGUCAGGUGUGAUCAUGAGAAGUAGCGAGCCAAAUGCUAUAUUCACGUCGCAAUUAAGUAGCUAA